UAAGCGACUGGUCUCCGACCUCGGGAAACAAACAACCUCCCGCAGCUGGCAUACGAUUCCUCAAGCCUAACGAAAUGAAGUCUCUGGCCUUCCUUGCUGCUAUCUGUCUUACCAUUGCCACCGUCUCAGCCGGAUAUCUUGGUCUGGGAUACGGUGGACUCGGCUAUGGUGGCCUCGGCUAUGGUGGCCUCGGCUACGGUGGCCUUGGCUACGGUUAUGGCCUCGGGUAUGGAGGCUACGGUCUCGGAUACGGAGGUUAUGGAUUGGGCUACGGCGGGCUUGGCUAUGGUGGCCUCGGCUACGGUGGCCUUGGCUACGGCGGCGGUGGAUUCAAGAAAAUCAUCGGUUAUGGCUAUGGCGGCUACUAUGGAUAACUUUCGACGUGUCUA